UCCUGCUUAGCUCAGUCACUUUCAGUCAUUCUCCCAGCUCACUGCUUUUCUGUUUGCCUGACGAUCAAAUAAUUUGGAAUAUUUGUUCUUUCGGAUAGUUUUUAUCUCAUUGAUUUUUACUUGUUUUCUUUCUAAGGACUUUGUUUUAAAUCGUUUACUUUUGUCUGGUACUUCUCAGGUCCAUCUCUUUAUAUCCUAAAAUAAAUAUUUGGUGUGUAGUGUGCAGCGCACUGUGCAUGUCUGGUCACUAGGGUAUAUCUGGUCCAGUUUCUGGGUCUGUCUGAGACCUGAGACGGCCAAUGCAGCGCUAUCGCCACUAUGGUACCUCCUCCUCCUCAGCUCCUGUAGAGGAUGUCCAUACCGAGGAAGAGGAGGAGGAGGAGGUGUACACUGAAGAGGAGGUGUAUGAGGGGGAGGCGGAGCCGCUGAUACAGGAGGAGGCGGAGUCUGUGGCCCAGGAGACAGGAAGCUUUAACGAGGAGGAGGUCCCUCAGACGAAGGAGGAAGUGCAGCCUGUCGUAGAGGAGACAGAGGGGAAGACGCCGCCGGUGGAAAGCAAGAAUGGAAAGAGGACGGAGAGAGGAGGAGGAGGAGGAGGGGGGGGGGGAGGAGGAGGAGGAGGAGGAGGAGAUGUGGGCGGAGGUUCAAAGUACUCCAUGUUUACCUGGAUUGUGGUCCUGGCCCUGCUGGGAGUCUGGAGCUCCGUGGCUGUGGUCUACUUCGACAUUGUGGACUACGACAGCGUCAUCGCCAGAGCAAAGGAGUUUCGUAUGAACUUUUCUGAAGUUUUACAAGGGAAGCUGACGGCCUACGACACGGACGGAGACGGAGACUUUGACGUGGAAGAUGCUAAAGUUCUGCUCGGGCUGAAAGAGAGACCAGAUGUGAAAAUUUCACCUGAUCAGAAAACAGUGGUAAAAACCAAAGAAACCAGCAAGGCUUUGUUCGAACCAGCCAAUCAGCAAGCUGCAGAGCCACAGGGGGCGGGGCCAACAGAGGCCCGAUCGCCUGAAACCCCAACCGAGGAGGCUGCAUCAGUUUCAGACAGCGGCCCCUCACCUGUCCAAGAAGAUGAAGUCUCUAGAUCUGACGAUGUGGAGUCUGAAAUCCAAGCUGCCGUCCCUCUCCCUCCGGUGGUGGAAGUUGACUUUGUGCCAGAUGAUCCUCGAGACAGCAUGCAUCCUUAUGAGGAUCAAGCCGACACCAUAGACACAACAGGAGCUCUGGUGGAGGAGCGUCCGCCGGAGGAGAGUGUAGAGGAGUCCAGACAACACUUGACAAGCUCCAAAUUCACUCAGGAAGCAGAGAACUUGUCUGAACCACCAGCAGAACCAGAACCACAGAGUGAAACCCCCAUAGAGACAGAGCGCAGUCCAGAGGAAACAACGGGCAAACAGGCCGAGGAGAAGCCCAAUGAAAAAGAAACUACAGGCAAACAGGCUGAGGAGAAGCCCAAAGAAAAAGCAAAGAAGAAGAAGCCAAAAUUGUUAAAUAAAUUUGAUAAAACCAUAAAAGCAGAAAUCGAUGCUGCAGAAAAGCUUCGCAAGAAGGGUAAGUUUGAGGAGGCGUUGAGAGCGUUUGAGACGCUAGUGCAGCAGCAUCCACAGAGCCCCCGCGCUCGCUAUGGAAAAGCCCAGACGGAGGACGACCUGGCUGAGAAGCUGCGUAGUAACGACAUGCUGCAGAGAGCCAUCAACACCUACAGAGAGGCCGCUGAGCUUCCUGAUGUGACCUCUGACCUACUGAGAGCCACGCUGAAGAGACGAGCUGAGAGGCAGCAGUUCCUGGGUCGGGUGCGGGGGUCUCUGGCGACUCUGGAGAAGUUGACUCAGAUCUUUCCAGAAGACAUCAGUCUGAAGAAUGAACUGGGCGUCGCCCACCUGUUGCUAGGAGACAACAAGGGCGCCAAAAAAGUCUACGAAGAGGUUCUGGCGGUUGCCCCCGGCGAUGGCUUUGCUAAAGUUCACUAUGGUUUCAUCCUGAAGUCAGAGAACAAGAUAGCGGAGAGUAUACCAUACCUGAGGGAGGGUUUGGAGUCUGGUGAACCAGGCACGGAUGAUGGGCGUUUUUUUUUCCACCUGGGUGACGCCCUGCAGAGAGUCGGAGACAAAAGCGCCUAUCACUGGUAUGAGUUGGGUCACAAACGAGGCCAUUUUGCCUCAGUGUGGCAGAGGUCUCUGUACAACGUGGACGGACUGAAGGCUCAGCCGUGGUGGACGGCUAAAGAGACUGGAUACACAGAUCUGGUCAAGACAUUAGAGAGGAACUGGAAGACAAUCAGGGACGAGGCUCUGGCUGUGAUGGACCAAAACACCGGAUCAUUCAUACCUGAGGAGGAGAACCUGAGAGAGAAAGGAGAGUGGGGCCAGUACACACUCUGGCAACAAGGGAAAAAAGUUGGAAAUGCCUGUCAGGGCGUCCCAAAGACGUGCUCGCUGCUGGAGAGAUACCCUGAAGCUACAGGCUGCAAGAGAGGACAGAUUAAGUUCUCUGUGAUGCAGCCCGGUACUCACGUGUGGCCUCACACUGGUCCCACUAACUGCAGACUGAGGAUGCACCUCGGCCUCGUCAUCCCCAAACAGGGCUGUAGGAUCCGCUGCACUGACCAGACCAGGGAAUGGGAGGAGGGUAAAGUCCUCAUCUUCGACGACUCCUUCGAGCACGAGGUUUGGCAGGACGCCGACAGUUACCGCCUCAUCUUCAUUGUGGAUGUUUGGCACCCAGAGUUAACGGCAUACCAGCGCCAGACUCUGAGCCCGAUUUAGAUCACCCCGAACUCAGAGAGGACCAGAACCUCAGACCUUGUAAGAACAGUUUGACAGACUGAGCGGCCAGCUGAUUCUUCUUCUGUGGAUAAACUGCUAUAAACACUGACAGCCAGAGUCUGAGAAGAAUCACGUUUGGCUGACUGGUGAUUUGUUUUUUGCUUCUUUUUUUUGUGGAUGAACUACUAAAAUUGUCGAAGACUGCCGAAGGAUCAAACCAUCAGACUGAAGGAUGGAAACGAAAAACGUUACUACUGACUUUACAAACUUUCACCAAAAAAACAAACUGAACACGUACGGUACUUGUUUUAACCCUGAUUAACCCGAGUUCACUUUGCCGGCUUCAGGGUCAUAGAAACCUUAUAAUAGAUUCAAAAAUGUAUUUUCUAGAUCUGGAAAUGUUUUGGAAAGUUGGAGGUCAUCCUCAAGUGUGUUUUGGAAAAACUAGAAAAGCUUUCCAAAUGUACAGAUGUGUUCGAACCUCAAACCAAAACCAGCUCUCUGGUGUUUCGUGUCAUCAUCAAAAAGCAUGAAGUUUUCUUGAAACACUAAAACAGAAAACAGACUCUCAAUUUAAAAUGCACCUAGUUUCCAUAAUGUUGUAUAAAUGUUGUCGCUGUUUUUUCAUUCUCUGUUUAUGAAUUAAGAAAAAAGCCUUAAUUUUAGCUCCACCAUCAUUUUUCUUUUUAUCCAGUUUCAGUUUUUCAUCACUUUUGCACAAUAACAAGAAACACAAGAUGUUAUAAAAGAUGAUUUAUAUUUAUUUAAAAUAAAAAAAAAGAAAAUUGCAACCAUC